UCUCUCUCUCUUUCUCUCUCGGCUUCUUUCUCUCCCUGUCGCUUUUUCCUUCGCGCGACGCCAGCCAGCACCGCUUCUCGCCGCCCGCGGAUUAUUUUCGUUCCGCUAAUUACGUGUGUGUGCGCGCGCGAGCCCGAGACUCUCUGUCUUCUAGUCCGAUCUAGUCGCGCCGCGCGACCGGUUCCGUUUGUCAGAAGCGCCGGUUGUCGUCGACCCUCCGCACGAUCGUCCUGGGGAGACCCCCACGUGGCGCGGAGGACGCCCCAUUGUUCGGCGAAACGACGACGACGACGAUCCGUGAAACCGCAGGAGUGACGACGGGAGGAGGAAGAGGAGGACGUCUCUUCGGUUUUCACGCGAUAGCGGCGAAACGCACGACGUGUGGCUGGGCGUAGACCCAACACCGGAAACGGGAAAGAGUAAAAAUUGGGCGGCGAAGCCGGGCAGAGCGAGGUAGCGGCGAGGAACGAGAGACGGCGUGUCCUCUCGUUUGUCGCGCCGCGCGGAGGCGCGGUGCCGUCACCGCUUAUUUUGUAGCCGGCGGAAAAACGUAGGACGACCGGAUCUAAGCCGACACCGCCGUGCGGCGACUCGCGCGUCGCGUCCGCCUUUGAAAGGAGUCGGGAGGUCGAGCCGACGGGGCCCGCGGGUAACGUGACAACAAUAUUUUCGUCGUCUCGCCCGGAGCUUGGAGGUCAAGGUUCGCGCGGUGCGCGGUCGUGCGCCGAUCGGAGCGGGCCAAGUGGACGGCGAGCCUCGGUGGAGAGAGAGACGUCUACCUCCGUCCACCUUGACUCGAAUCCUACCAAGGAAAGAGCGGAAGACGACCUUCUUUCUCCUUUGGCAUCCGUUCAAGGCGUCGCGGGGAUAAAGCGGCCCGAGACUGCUCCGUGCGAAAUUGUUCGCCGCCUGACGGCACCGUACCGUGAAAUCGUAGUGUCUCUGGAGGAGGCGGAAGCGAGUGAUCCCGAGCGACCCAUGACCGCGGACCCGCGACGAUCAUGCACCCUCGAGGUCGGCCGCGAGUCGUCGGGUUCCGAGUAGUCACGGGCCGGUUGGCCGGGGGGUCGACACGCGACUCGAACGACGAGUAGCAACGUAAUUCGUGGGAAAGAGAGAAGAAAGGAAGGAAGAUGAACUCGUGCUUCCCGCAUUUGGCGCUGCUGAAUCCGCGGAACGCGAACAAGUCGCGGGACCGGCGCAACGACGAGUGCAACGUCGCGAACGCCGAGGACACCCGGACGCGAACGAGGACCCCAGCGUCGUCGGGGAAGAGCGACGUCUUUCAAGACUUGGACUUGUAUUACGUUCGGCAGAUCGCACGGAACUCGAAGGAGCAUGACCUCGAGCAGAAGAUCGAGGUGGAGAUCAAGAUGAGAGAGGGCUCGGCGAGACUUCUGGCAGCCGCGAAGCAUCGCGCCCAGAGCCUGGAAGCCGCCAAGGCGUUGCUCACGUCCAACGAGAGGAUGUCGGUCUACAUGGCCGAGUUGCACAGCCGCCGUCACGAAUCUGUUAAACAAUCAUGCACUUCUGGAAGUACCAGAAGCACAGGCAAAUUGUCGAUCUCGGAUCUUAGGAUACCGUUAAUGUGGAGAGACUCCGAUCACUUCAAGAAUCGCGGCGACCAUCGUCGGUUCGCCGUAUUCUGCUUGGCACGACUGGGCACGGAAAUCCACGACACCUCCUUGCUGUGUCCCAUCGACAGAGCUCAUACGGAUCUCAGUUUUCCCGACGUGUUAAUAUUCAAUAAUGUGCCAGCCGAAUUUGAGUUAGUCUUAGAAAUCUACAGUCAUGUUUUGCAAGAGGACUUGAGUAUCGCCAGCACGCCGAGAAGAAUCAAAAAGACCAUUCACUCGUCGAUCUCGAAAACUGUGGGCAAGAAGCUCGCCGCUUCGCUUCGUGAUGAAUUCGGUUCCGCCAAAUCCGGACCGCACUUUGAUUUGGUAGCUCGCGCAAAACUGACCUUGGACGACACGGACGACAACACACACACGCACGACCUUCUUAUUAAUAGCGUUGAGAACAAGUAUCACUCUUUACCGCUUUUCGGUCACUUUUGCUGCCGAUUGGCGGUGCAGCCAGAAUGCAUCAAUAAGGACAUGUGCAUUGGCAAUCUGAAAGUAGAUAGUCAGGAUCAUUGGGCACGCCUGCAAGGAUUUUGUUUAAAAAUAUGGGAAUCAAAGAAGCACGCGGAGGAAAGUCAAAAUCCGGAACACAUGGUACCCGUUAACAAAAGAACAAUCGUUCAACCGUCCAAAACUUCCGGCAAAGAACUUUUGGUCAAUAAUUCUGGGAACGGCAUGGAAAAACUGUUGCCGAUUAAAUUUGAAUCAAAGGAGGAAGCUCAAAAAUGGUCGAGGCUUUUGUUGGCGCACAUUAAUGACCAUUCGAGGUGGAAACAUGCUGUGGAAGUACUUCAAAGGGUGUCCAACAUUGAAAGCACGAGAAAUUCCUUUAUCAGUAAUAAAAGACAGGGCUCCUUGUACGACGAGACACCUUUGAUAGAAUCAAUCCCAUCGGAUUACACUUCCGCGAGACCUACUGUACAAACGAUCUUUGAUCUCACACCUAGUACUAGUCUAAGCAGUUGUAGUUCCACGAAUAGCCUAGCGAGCUUACGUUCACGUUCAUUGAGUAUCAGCGGCGUGUUUAAGCAUGGUGCCAUUUCUUUAAAGCCCCACCUGGCUCCUGCUAAUAAAAAGGCGUAACGACUUUGUAGUUCUUUACGAAGAAUCUAUUGUACAAAUGUCGAGGACUAUUGAUGAGUAUGGCUAAAUAUUUUUUAACUUGGAUAUUGAUGUGUAUAUUUAAUUGGUAAUUGAGAUCGAAGAAAGAUUAAUUGAUUAUAAUUAACCGAGGAGACUUGUAGGGAAGAUUUUAAUUCGGUUGAAAGUGUAAUGUGUAUCGAUUUAUUAAUUCGAUUUGUAUGGAGUUUUUUUUAUAUAGGGUUACACAGUACAAAGGAUAUUGAUUAAUUUCUCUUCUUUUCUACUUUUAUAAUGCGAAAUUUUGUAUAAUCGCUAAAAGUACAAGGACAGCCCUAUUGUAUAAUGAGUUUAUAAGUUGUUAGAAAAUACAUAGGAGCAUUGCAAUAUUUAGUACGGCUGUAAGAAGAUAUUAAUAUAGAUUUAUAUAUAAUAUAUAUAUUUAAUAUAAUAAAAAUAUAUGACUGCAUGCAUAUAUUUGCCGGAACACAAUUUGCCUUUUUAAAAACCCUGUAAUUUCUGUACACACAAUUUGAAAGAAAAAAUUUUAAUUGA